GGUCUGUGGGUAUAGAUAGUCAUACUAGUUAACCAGUUAAAUAGCCAUUCCUGUUGCAAGCCGUUCUGGAACUUUCAACUGUAAGGAUCUUUAAUCAAUAAUAAAUUUAACUUCUCCUUUCCCAGAUGAGGAAGUGUAACUGUGAGAAUUAAAACAACAACUUGCUUAUGAACACACUGUUUUGUUGCAAGUCGGUGACUUAAAUUCAGGUCUCCUGGCCCUAGGCACACCGGAAAUGGACCAGGAAGUGCACCUAGAAAGGCCUUGCUGUUGGAACCAAGUGCUGAAACAGGAUGUGGAGCAGGCUUGUCCUUGUCCUCCUGCCACCGGGAUCUGGGGGUCUGGGGGCCUGGGGGCCUGGGGGCCUCCGGCCCUCCCUGAUGGUAGCCCUGUCUCAUGCCUAUGGUCAGACGUCCAAAGAAACACCCCUGAGCAAUGGAUUGCAACGCUGCAGGGUUGGAUAGAAAUGCCACGGGGGCCUGUGCUGCCUCUGGGAUGUGCUCUGAGCAGCGGAGAGGAUUGCUAGUUUCCUUUGUGUCUCUCGCAGCCUGCCUUCUUGGAAGGGGCCAACAGCUUCUGGACGCUAUUGCUCUUUAAGCGUUCUUAAAACUGUAAACAACUUCAGUAAGCCCUGCAGAAGGAAGCUGUGGUUUCUGGCCUUCCUGUAUGCUCAUGUUUUUUAGAGGGAGGGCUUAGCAUCUGAUCAUCUUUUUCAACUAUCUCAGAAGGGACUAGAAAAGGCACGGCGGCUGUCUGCAGAAGGGGAGGACCCAGGAUUCCUCCAAAGAAACUUUUCCAACUUUAGUGCCCCUGGAACUCUCCCAUGGAGAACGAGCCUGGAAUUGUGUCGCCGUUUAAACGAGUAUUCCUAAAAGGUGAAAAGAGUAGAGAUAAGAAAGCCCAUGAGAAGGUGACAGAGAGGCGCCCUCUACACACUGUGGUGCUGGCCUUGCCUGAGCGAGUCGAGCCAGACAGACUGCUGAGCGACUAUAUUGAGAAGGAGGUGAAGUAUUUAGGGCAGUUAACAUCCAUUCCUGGCUACCUGAACCCUUCCAGUAGGACGGAAAUCCUGCAUUUCAUAGACAAGGCAAAGCGGUCCCACCAACUCCCUGGGCACCUGACUCAGGAGCAUGAUGCUGUGCUCAGUCUGUCCGCCUACAAUGUCAAGCUGGCCUGGAGGGAUGGGGAGGACAUUAUCCUCAGGGUGCCCAUCCACGACAUCGCUGCUGUCUCCUAUGUCCGAGAUGAUGCUGCACACCUGGUGGUCCUGAAGACAGCCCAGGACCCAGGCAUCUCUCCCAGCCAAAGUCUGUGUGCGGAAGGUUCUAGAGGCCUCAGCGCAGGCUCCUUGUCAGAAAGUGCAGUGGGGCCAGUAGAGGCCUGUUGCCUGGUCAUCAUGGCCACAGAGAGCAAGGUCGCCGCUGAAGAACUGUGCUCCCUGCUCAGCCAGGUCUUCCAGAUCGUCUACACAGAGUCCACCAUCGACUUUCUGGACCGAGCAAUAUUCGACGGGGCCUCCACCCCUACCCACCACCUGUCAGUGCACAGCGAUGACUCUUCCACGAAAGUGGACAUGAAGGACAGUUAUGACGCCGACGCCAGCACCUUCUGCUUCCCGGACUCUGGGGAUGUGGGGGGCUUGCCGCCCUUGCCCUUCUGCAUGCAGGCAUCCCCCCACAGCAAGACGGUCAGCGAGAGUGAGCUGAGUACCAGCGCCACGGAGCUGCUGCAGGACUACAUGCUCACGUUACGUACCAAGCUGUCAUCACAGGAGAUCCAGCAGUUUGCAGCCCUGCUGCAUGAAUACCGCAACGGGGCCUCCAUCCAUGAGUUCUGCAUCAGCCUGCGGCAGCUCUAUGGAGACAGCCGCAAGUUCCUGCUGCUUGGUCUGAGGCCCUUUAUACCUGAGAAGGACAGUCAGCACUUUGAAAACUUCCUGGAGACCAUUGGCGUGAAAGACGGCCGUGGCAUCAUCACUGACAGCUUUGGCAGGCAUCGCCGUGCUCUGAGCACCACCUCCACAUCCACCACCAAUGGGAACAGGACCACAGGCAGCCCUGAUGACCGCUCAGCGCCCUCAGAGGGGGAUGAGUGGGACCGCAUGAUCUCAGACAUCAGCAGUGAUAUUGAAGCACUAGGCUGCAGCAUGGACCAGGACUCAGCGUGAAGGAGCGUGACAGCCUGUCUCACAGCCAUCCCAGGCCUUCCUUCCUGGGAGGAGUGCCCAGACCCAAGUGCUAGCCCCUCCCUCCCAGCUUGGAGCUAGGGAGGGGCUGCAGACAAAGGUGGCUCUGGUGGCCAGGUCCUCUACUGUGAAGGAGUGGAGAGCUGCCACAGGACAUGUGCCCCAACACAGGGCGGAAAGCUCUGUGCCUAUUCCUCAGGGGCCCAGCAAUGCCUGUAGCACAUCCCCACUCGGGGAGGGCCAGGUGCAGCUGCAGGGAGAGCCAGUCCUGCCGGCCUGGCCCUGCACAGCUGAUAUUUGCACAUGACUCUCCUCUCCUAAUUCUCAGAGACCUUAAAAAGAAGUUUACUGCAAUGUGAAUAAUUUAA